UACUACAUCAAUAUAGUAUUAUUAGAGUGCAUGACAUGAGAGUGUACUAUAUAUAACAUGAGAAGCUAUAUUUUACUUCACGGUUAGUCAUGAUAUCUCUUGAUGAGAUGCAUGACUUGUUAUCUCAUGAUAAUUGUCGUGUUACAUUUCUAAUUUAUGAUUUGCAUGUUGUCACAAACUUGAUAUGCCUACCUAGUCAUAGUUUUCUUAUGUUUCUUUGAUUGUUGCCUUUUGGUUAGUGUUACUAAGCGUGCCGUCGUUUAUAUUUUAUCCAAACUAACAAAUUGUUCCUAUAUGCAUGUGUGUGUGUCGUAAUACUUGUAAUAUUUUCAUCAGUGCUUCCCUUAAUUUGGUCCUCUCCGAUCUAUAUAUAAUAUAUUCUAAUUUUAUAGCUUUAAUCCGUACCAUGGCCAGUAAUUUCUUGACGCAACAUAUUGGCAGCUUUAGGAUGUCCCUCUUUGUUGAGGGUUUUCUUGGUGAUCAGUUCACUGAAUUGGAGAAAUUGGAGGAUGAUCAGAACCCCCUCUUCAUCGAGCGUGUUGUCAACGUGUUUCUCAAAGAGACACCAAAUGAUAUAACUCGCAUUGGACAGAUAUUGGAGGACACACCGCUUGAUGUCGUUAAGCUGGAUAGGUGUAUUCACAAGCUCAAAGGCAGGAGUGUCAGGUAUUUGUUUUUCUAUUGAAUUUUAUAUAUAGUUGCAACUCGGUUUGAAGCAAACAUUCUCCAUCCCCACCUCUG